AUGGCCAGCUCGAGUCGCCGUACGCGGUCUCAGGUCGCUGCUGAACUCGCUCAAGCCCGCGUGCGGGUCGCCCAGCUCGAGGACGAGCUCCGAACAACCUCAUCAUCGCCGCCUCCCUCAACCUCGUCCGCCUCGUCGUCCACCAGCUCCGGCCACCGCCCUGACGCCCGAACAAGUACGAGGGGCGACACGCCACUCGGCCUGCGCGAGUACAAGCGCUACGGGCGUCAGAUGAUGCUCUCGCAGGUCGGCCUCCCCGGUCAGCUCAAGCUCAAACGCGCGCGCGUCCUCGUCGUCGGCGCAGGAGGACUCGGCUGCCCCGUCUUGCUCUACCUCGCUGCCGCAGGAGUCGGCAACAUCACGAUCGUCGACCACGACACUGUCGAGCUGUCCAACCUGCACCGCCAGGUCCUCCACACCGAAGGCCGCGUCGGCAUGAGCAAGGCCCACAGCGCCAGGCUCGCACUGCAAGCCCUCAACUCGGACGUCGCCGUACACGCCCACGAGCUCGCCUUCACCCCGUCCCUCAUCCACUCGCCUUCGUCCACCUCGAGCACGACGCCGGCCUCCCUGCGCUCGGGCAACUUUUCCCUCGUCCUCGACUGUACCGACAACCCGGCGACCCGCCAAUUCGUCAACGCCUACGCCGUCGCGCACGAUAUCCCGCUCGUCAGUGGCGGCGCGGUCCGGGCCGAGGGCGUGGUCGGCGUCUACAACCUGCCACUCUCGCCUUGCCCACCCUCCUCCUUCACCGCCGACAUGCCGACACCUCGAGGCCCCUGCUACGCCUGCCUCUUCCCGCCUUCCGCACCCCCUUCCCCUCCACCCACCUACUCGUCCCCGGCCUCCUCGCCCGACGAGCAACUCGCUCGCGACCGCGCCCACGACGCGUACUACGAGCGCCUGAGCCUGAGUGGGACGGGCGCGUGUGCCGACGAGGGUGUCCUGGGCCUGUUGUGCGGCGUCGUCGGGCUCGGGAUGGCGAGCGAGGCGAUGCGGGUCUUGCUCGAGAUCGCGACGCCGACCUUGCACCUCUUUUCGCCUUUGUCGGCUGCGCCGUACCGCACGAUCAAGCCUCGAACGCGCAAACCCUCCUGUCCGACUUGCGGCACCUUUCCCUCCCCUGUUCCUCUCGCCCCUUCCCCCUCUGCCCUUGAUCUCGCCCCACCUCGUCCGCCAUCGCCCACCUCGAGCGCGAGCACCCCGGCCUCGCGCUGGUCCGCCUUCCUCGCCUCGCCGACCGGCACCUGGCCCGGCUGGGUCGACCCGCUCUGCGCCCUGCCCGGCGUCGGCGCACUCGAUCAGUCGCGUGAGCGGGCGCAGCAAGACGUGCGUGUGCCGGCGGCCCGGCUACGAGAGCGGCGAGGAGGCGUCAUCGUCGACACCAGGCCGACGGCCGAGUUUGGGAUCGCGAGCGUCGAGGGUAGCAUCAAUAUUCCGUUCGCUCAGCUGCUCAAGAAUCCGGCCCUCGCGCUCGACGCCCUCGCCGACGCGUCGUCGUCCACUUCUGCCGCACCCACAACGACAUCCUCGCCACCUGCCACCCUCCUGCCUGACCUCGUCGUUGCGCCAAAGAUCGAGGACGACAGCGCCGCAUCGCUGCUCUACUCGCAGCCGUCCUCGAGCCGCCCUCCCGCACCGCGGCGCGUCACCUUUCUCUGCCGGCGCGGCAACGACUCGCUCCUCGCGGCUCGUGCCCUGCGACGGCAUCUGGCGACGACUGCGGCGGCGGGCCGAGACGGUGAGCGCGGCGAGGGUGCGCGCAAGGGCGACGAUGGCGAGCGAGGAGUCGAGGUCGCGGUCGAGGUCGAGGUCGAGGUCGAGGUCGAGGUCGAGGUCGAGGUUGAGGACGUGCGGGGCGGGCUUGCGGCAUGGGCGAUGGAGGACCCCGAGUUCCCUGUGUAUUAGACAUCUCUCG